GCUCGGAGCUCGCGGGUGGGAGGAUCAGGAUGACUGCUGCUCCCGGAGCCCGCUUUCAACUCCCACCCCGCACAGAAGCCUCUCAGCAGCGCGAGGCGUUGCCCAGACCGGACUUGGAACCCUUGCAGCACGACCGCCGCGCGCUUCCCUCCGGAUCCAGCUCCCACCAUCAGAGCGUCCUCCCUCUGCUGCGCCCGGCUCAGCCCAGGCUGGGGCGGGGCCUCGGAAGCGGCUGCCCUCGCCCCAGACAGGGCGGACCCUCGUUAGGCCAAGUUUUCAAACGGCAAAAUCAACCGCGCGGAAGAGACUGUGCCUUCUUUUCACUCCGCAUCCCAGACGCCUCAGAGAAACUGCCUUUCAGACCUUCGCGGCCUCUCCUGCGCCCGCAGCGCCCGGGAGCUGGGGACCCGGGUUAGCCACAUCGACCGCAACGUUCGCGCGCCACCUUGUGUCCGUUCCUUUAGCUUCCAGGGACAACCCGGAAACCACAUUUCCCAGCGUGCCUAGCGCCUCUGCGCAGGCGCAAAUAGUUUCCCUCGUUGCCAUGGGAACCUCGCCCCUUCUAGAGUCCCGGCCGCUUGACUCAGCGAAGCGCAGUGUUGUUUUUUCCUGAGGUACUCUGGGGUUGGGACCCGGUCUGCAGAAGGUCCAGGGGGCGGCGUAGGGGGAUUGAGGAGAGGAGACCAAGCCGGCCUUGCCUCCGGGACCAGCGCUUCCAAAUUAUCUGGAGCGUCCCGGCGUGCACACGCUCCGGAGGCCUCGCCGUUCUGAGAGGGGCUGGCGAGGCGACCCGGAUCCGCGAUGCCGGGGUCCGGCUGUGGCCCGCGAAGGCCCGCUCGCCCGCGCCGGCGUCUUGUCACCGCGAGCCGAGGGCCUUCGCGCGGCCGACAGAUAUGGGAUGUUGGAGGACAUCUGGGGACCACAAAUGCUCCUUCUCCUGGAGAUGCAACUCAAGGGUCCUCAAGGCCAUAGGACUCCAUAACUCUAUAGGUGUCAGGGGCAGAAACAGGAUUGUGUGAAGGUUCACAGCCUCCCGUUUCCUUGCCUUCAGGGAGCUUCGGCAUCUACCCUUGUUCCAGGCGGCUGCUCAGGAGCACCGUUCUACCCCUUUCUGCCUGGAGAAGUUGCCGUUUUUCCUUCAAGGAUCCUGGAAGCCAGAAGGAGCCACCUCAAGCUGCUUUGACCUCUUUCUAGAGUUGGGGAUUGCUGCUGGAGUUCGAGUCUCCGGCCCAGAGUGGGUGCGAUGGUCUUGCUUGCACCCUGUAUCCCCCGACAGACGCCCGGGAACUCUACUCAGUGGGUGACCCCAGAGAGCUCGCAUCCACACUGUGACUCCGAGUCCAGCGCUCGGUCCACUGCACAGGAACCUCGCGCCCCAGAGCUGCGUCCUCUCUGCCCUUCGCGAUCCGAUGCGCGGCCGGCGGGACGCCCCGAUCGCCAAGGGCGCGGAAGGCCGAGGCGUGCCGGCAGAACCAGAAGCAGCUGACGGGCGCCGCGGGCCUCCCCGGUCACGUGACACCCGGGGCAACGUGUGUCGUCACGUGACAGCGGAGCCUGUGAACGUUUUUCUCACGUGACGGAGGCGCCUGAGUGUGGACCAAUGGGGAGGCGGGGGCGGGGCUGGCAGGGGAGGUGCGCGGGAAGGACCCCGGGCUCGGAGGUCGCGGAGAGUGGGGUAGUGCUGGCCGCUGGCUGGGCGCUGGGGCAGCAUGAAGUGCCUGGUCACGGGCGGCAACGUGAAGGUGCUCGGCAAGGCCGUCCACUCCCUGUCCCGCAUCGGGGACGAGCUCUACCUGGAACCCUUGGAGGACGGGCUCUCCCUCCGGACGGUGAACUCCUCCCGCUCUGCCUAUGCCUGCUUUCUCUUUGCUCCGCUCUUCUUCCAGCAAUACCAGGCAGCCACCCCUGGUCAGGACCUGCUGCGCUGUAAGAUCCUGAUGAAGUCCUUCCUGUCUGUCUUCCGCUCACUGGCGAUGCUGGAGAAGACGGUGGAAAAAUGCUGCAUCUCCCUGAACGGCCGGAGCAGCCGCCUGGUGGUCCAGCUGCACUGCAAGUUCGGGGUGCGGAAGACUCACAACCUGUCCUUCCAGGACUGUGAGUCCCUGCAGGCCGUCUUCGACCCAGCCUCGUGCCCCCACAUGCUCCGCGCCCCAGCACGGGUCUUGGGGGAGGCUGUUGUGCCCUUCCCUCCUGCGCUGGCUGAAGUGACGCUGGGCAUUGGCCGUGGCCGCAGGGUCAUCCUGCGCAGCUACCAUGAGGAGGAGGCAGACAGCACUGCCAAAGCCAUGGUGACUGAGAUGUGCCUUGGAGAGGAGGAUUUCCAGCAGCUGCAGGCCCAGGAAGGGGUGGCCAUUACUUUCUGCCUCAAGGAGUUCCGGGUGAGGUUCCCCCUACGCACUCGCCGGUCCUGUCCUGCCUGCCCAGCUCAGCCCAGCCCGGGGCCUCACCUGCUACCUCUUUCCUCCCAGGGGCUCCUGAGCUUUGCAGAGUCAGCAAACUUGAAUCUUAGCAUUCAUUUUGAUGCUCCAGGCAGGCCUGCCAUCUUCACCAUCAAGGACUCUUUGCUGGAUGGCCACUUUGUCUUGGCCACACUCUCAGACACCGACUCGCACUCCCAGGACCUGGGCUCCCCAGAGCGUCACCAGCCAGUGCCUCAGCUCCAGACUCACAGCCUACCCCACCCAGACGACUUUGCCAAUGACGACAUUGACUCUUACAUGAUCGCCAUGGAAACCACUAUAGGCAAUGAGGGCUCGCGGGUGCUGCCCUCCAUUUCCCUUUCACCUGGUCCCCAGCCCCCCGAGAGCCCCGGCCUCCACUCCGAGGAAGAUGAGGCUGAGCCCAGUACAGUGCCUGGGACUCCCCCACCCAAGAAGUUCCGCUCACUGUUCUUCGGCUCCAUCCUGGCCCCUGUACGCUCCCCCCAGGGCCCCAGCCCUGUGCUGGCUGAAGACAGUGAGGGAGAAGGCUGAACCAAGAACCUGAAGCCUAUACCCAGAGGCCUUGGACUAGAUGAAACCCCAGCCAGUGGAAGAGCUGGGUCUCAGCCCUGGGGAUCAGAAAGGUGGGCUUCCUGGAGCUGAGCUGUUUCACUGCCUCUUGCAGGCCCCAGCUGGCUGUCACUGUAAAGCUGUCCCACAGCAGUCGGGCCUGGGCCCUGUUAUCUCCCCACAACCCCCAGCCAAUCGUGACUUUCCAGACCUGGCCCUGAACUACUGACGUUCCUACCUCUUAUUUCCCAUUGAGUCUCAGGCUAUACUCCAGCUGGCCAAGGCUGGAAACCUGUCUCCCUCAGGCUCACCUUCCUAAGGAAAAUGUCACAGCAGGUGCUGCUGGCCCCUGGUGAUCCAGCUUCUCUGCCAAUCAUGACCUGUUCCUUCCUGAAGUCCUGGGCAUGCAUCUGGGACCCCCGUGGAGCUGACAGUUUUUCUUGCUUUCCUGAUACUCUUUGGCGCUGACUUGGAAUUCUAAGAGCCUUGGACCUGCGUGUGUGGCUAGGGUUGCCCUUGCUGGGGCCUGGUGCCCAGCCUCCCAAGUAGCUCUGCGCAGAAGAGCUGCCAGGCAGUGUCUUAGAUGCGAGACAGAGGCCAUGGCGAGAAUCCAGCUUUGACCUUUAUUCAAGAGACCAGAUGGGUUGCCCCAGGAUCCGGCUGCCAGCCCUGAGGCCAAGCACGGCUGGAGACCCACGACCUGGCCUGCCGUUGCCCUGAGCUGCAGCCUCAGCCCCAGGAUCCUGCUCACAGCCACUGCUGAUGCAGACAGGAAGCAGCCCUGGGGGAUUGGACGCUGCUAUUGAUUCAUUAAAAAAAAAGAAAA